ACAGACACCACGUUGAGCGCGAUAGCAAGGCUCAGUUCAUGAGGCGCCACGGUGAAUGAUGCCUCUCAUUCGUUCGAAUGCUGCAGGAUAAGCCGUAGUCAGUCCCAACAGUGAGCUGCUAACAGCACUACGGGUAUGCCGCAUACAAGCUGCUUCGAUGUCGGCGUUUGAAACGGAGACAUAGCCCCACAACCCGUGUGGAGACCCCGGGACUCAGCUUAGCUUGGGAUCCGCUGGCGUUCGACGACAAGACUUCCCGGAUCCACCGGCAUACCCGUUCGAGCCGGGCAGAGAGCCGCGUUGCCGUAUGACCUCCCCAACGCUCGAGACGGAGAUGAUCCACUUGGUGAGGAUGACAAGACUUUAGCACCGUGACACGAGUUGCCAUAGAAAAUGGGUACGGCCUCCCACCUCCAGCGAGUGGGUAAGCCCAGGUACGCUGCUUCUCGAGUCAUUCGCCAUGGACCAACUUAGCGGCUGGCGCAUCGCCAAAACGCUAGAGAAGAAGCAACUCCUACUGGCUAUCAACUGCGUUGCAGGCCUCUCGAUCUUCUUCUUCGGCUACGAUCAGGGUAUGAUGGGUGGCGUGAAUAAUGCGGCGGACUAUAUCAACUUGAUGGGGUUCGGAUACGUUAACGAAGCUGGUGAUCCUAUCGUAACGAAUUCCCUGCUUCAGGGUGGUAUUGUAUCCGUAUACUAUCUUGGAACGCUCUUCGGCUGCCUGCUGGGCGGAUGGGUGGGCGACAAGGUUGGCAGAGUCCGCACUAUUGCCUUUGGUGCUGCUUGGGCCGUUGUGGGCGCAUGCUUGCAGUGCAGCGCCCAGAACCACGACUGGAUGAUCUGCGCUCGAGCUGUUAAUGGCAUAGGGACAGGCAUCUUGAAUACGAUCGUCCCGGUCUGGGCCACCGAGACUGCCGAGCAUACAUCUCGUGGCCAAUUCAUUGCUAUCGAAUUUACGCUCAACAUCUUCGGUGUAGUAGUGGCGUACUGGCUUGAGUUCGGCUUGAGCUACGUCGAUGGAGGCAACUCUGCCAUUCGGUGGCGGUUUCCGAUUGCCUUCCAGAUCAUCCCGCUACUGUUCCUUUUCGCCGUUUCCUGGAUCAUGCCAGAGUCACCACGCUUCCUCGCCAAAGUCGGCCGAGACAAAGAGGCCCGCUACAUCCUCGGUCGCCUGCGAGGUGAAGACGCUGAAGGCGCUGCGAAAGCCGAUGCCGAGUUCCACGACAUCAAGAACGUCGUCAUUCACGAACGCAGUACCGCAAACCGCAACAGCUACAUCUCGAUGCUCUUCGGUAUCGGUUCCGGCAAGCUUCAUACCGCUCGCAGAGUGCAGCUUGUGAUUUGGCUGCAGAUCAUCCAAGAAUGGGUAGGAAUUGCAGGCGUAACUGUAUAUGCUCCCACUAUCUUCCGCAUUGCCGGCUUCAGCAGCGAGAAGAGCCAGUGGAUCUCCGGGCUGAACAACAUCUUCUACAUGUUUGCGACGCUCAUCUGUGUCUUUACGCUUGAUCGUAUCGGCCGCAGAAAGACGCUGUAUUGGGGCUCAGUCGGGCAGGGCCUUGCCAUGUUCCUUGCAGGCGGAAUGUCUCGCCUCGGUCUGAAUGCUACAGCAGCCGGCGAGACGGCCAAAGCUGGCUCGUACGGCAUCGCUGCCGCGUCGUUCGUGUACAUCUUCACCUCUGUAUUUGGUGCAACUUGGUUGACGGUUCCAUGGCUAUACCCCGCCGAGAUCUUCCCGCUCGAAGUCCGAGCCAAGGGUAACGCUUGGGGUGUCGUAGGCUGGUCUAUCGGCAACGGAUGGCUUACACUCCUGUGCCCAGUGAUGUUUAAUGCCAUCGGCGAGAAGACGUUGUACAUCUUCGGCGCAUGCAACGUCAUCAGCAUCCCAAUGGUGUGGGCUUUCUAUCCGGAAACGAACCAGCGGACAUUGGAGGAGGUGGACCUACUCUUCGAAGCAGACUCGCCGUGGGUGUGGGACGCCGAGAAGAACUUUGCACGCCUCAAGCAGGAGCAUCCGGAGAUGGCGAUGGCUGCCAGCCGUGGCAAUUCGAUUGCGAGAGUGACGGACGUCGAAACCGGUACGAAACCGCCCGGGGUGGACUCGGAAAUGCAGUCGGAGGUGGCGAAAAGUGGUUGAAGCUCGACUCAGCCGCCAUCG